AUGAACGGAAUCCCUGCUUUUAAGAAUUACCUACCAGUCAAUACAUUUGAUGCUAACAACGGUAACAGAUUCCCUCAUUUUAAAUCAAUCAGUCCCUCAUCAAACGACUCAAAUGGUCAGUUAUCAAAUUUCACGUCAUUUCCAAAUGAUACUGAGAGUCAGCAAGAGGAUACCUCGUCACCAUGUGUAUGGUGGAAUGAUUGUUCUCCUUUAUGCUCAUUCAACUGUCCUAUUCAUUCAACGUCUACCAUGACGAAUAUAACUCACAACACAUUUGACCAAUUAUCACUUGAUGGAUUACACAAAUUUGUAGAGAUUUUUAAACAGAAAAGAAUCCAGUUAGGUAUAACACAAGCUGAAGUCGGAAGAGCUUUAGGUGAAAUAAAUGUAUGCAGUUUCGGUUGUUUAUCCCAAUCAACAAUAUGCCGAUUCGAAUCGUUAUCAUUGUCACCUAGUAAUAUGCUUGCUUUAAAACCUGUCCUAGAGAUUUGGUUGAAACAAAUGGAAGAAGAAUCAGCAUUGAAUCAAACCACGUUACCCAGACAAAAAUCCCAAAAUCAAGAUCCAAAUUUCGCCAGUUUCAAAAAUUCAUUACAUAAAUCAUUACCUUCGUCAUUUGAUAUAUCACCAACAUCAUUUAAUUCUUCAUCGUUCAAAGCACCUACACAGAAUAGACGACGUAGGCGUACAUCUAUUUCUGAAGCAGAUAAAUACUUCCUUGAAUCAUUUUUUCAUACAGUAGACUGUCGACCGACAACAGAACAAAUGAUUCAAUUAGCUUCACAAUUGAAUAUGACGAAAAAUGUUAUUCGCGUGUGGUUUUGUAAUCAAAGACAGAAGCAGAAACGUCUUUUAAAAUUACCAUCAACUUCAUUGUGA